UGGUAGGUAGGUUUCGGCGCGGCGUAUUGUAACCAAUCAGCGAAUUGUUUUCCUGUCUCGUAAUGUAAUAAACAUCGCGGACCGAAAAUAGUGAAGGGAAGGACAAAUGUAAACAGCCGUAUAAGUAUUUGCACUCUUCAACUAAGAUUUGAAUGACUAUAAUACUUUAUUAUUUUGAACUCGAAUUGUUGGACUGAUAUCCAGCUUUUAAAAGAAUGGGGCCGAGUGUUGACACGAAGAACACAUACAACGCAAGGUAAGCUAGCCAGCUAGCUAGCUCCCGCUAGGCCGCUGGUUAAAUUUACGCGGAAAAGGAGGGCAAGUAUAGUUAGCCCACUUGCUUGCUAACUGUUUAUAGGAAAUACUAAUGACUAUAUAACUAGUCAUAUGUGUAAAGAACAAGUUAUCCAGUUAUAUCAAAGUAAAUAAUUCCAUUACUUCUAUCUCUGAUUUUGUGGGAUAAUAUCGCGUUAGCCAGCUAAAUCGCCCAAAAUGAGCGAAAGAAUUAGCUGCAGCAAAAAGUCUGCAGAAGACUCCGCACCGAAGAAACGAUGCCUGUCCCCUGAGUUGCUCGGCGAGUCCCCGCUUCCUAACAAGUUAGCCAGAUUGGACGAAAAAGUGUCCGAUGAAAUACCUUUGAAUGCUAAUGGAAACAAAAAUGGAGAUGUCAAUAAAGUGCCAAAUAAGAAAGAUAACGAUGGAAAUGAUGAGAUUGGACUAGAUGGGCAAAAGCUACCGGGGGAGGAAAUUAGUGCAGCUGUCACUUUCAGUAACCAAACCGGCGCUGAUGAAAGUACUCCGUUGGAUGCACCAGUCACUAGCGAUGGAAGGAAAGUAGAUAACCAUGGAAGUGCUGGGGCUGGAGAUUGCCGACCCUCUACUUCACUGGACCAGUCUGAUUCGGCCGCAAUAGCAGCCGCCGAGGCACUCGCUAGUCUCACAAGAGCGGCUGCGGAAGACGAGGCCACACAAAUGCCCUGUUCCUCCAAAACAAUAGGACAUAACGAGAGAAUGGGACAAAAAGUUAAGCGUGGCUACCGCGAGUUCUCAAAGGAAAGAUUAAAAUCAGAAAGGGGUAUUCAUACGCAGGCAGUAGCUGCCGAUAGCUCUACCUCACUGCGUGGAGUUGACAGGGCGGAUGUUGACGACUUGCCCGAUGUGGACGAGGAAGACGAUUCAAUACUUGGAUCUUCUUCCACGCCAAGUUCCUCUUACCCGUCAGAUAAUGAUGAUGACGAUGACGGAGAGUGCGCUAUAGUGUCAGUGAAGAUGGCCCCGGAGAUCAGACAAUCGGUUGCACUUCUAGCUCAGGUACAGAUGAAGCUUGACGCUCUGGAGAAGAAAGGCGCAAGGCUCCACCAGCGGUUAGAGAUGAAGAUGAGCCACCAGCGGCGCCCACACCUGGACCAGCGCAGCUCUAUUACACAGGCCAUCCCUGGCUUCUGGGUUACUGCAUUGUUGAACCACCCUCAUCUCUCUGCUCACAUCGAUGAAACUGAUGAAGAUGCUCUCAGUUACAUGACCAACCUAGAGAUUGAGUCCAUUAAGAACAACAAGCUUAGCUACAGAAUUGGCUUCCACUUCAGACGGAACCCAUACUUCCAGAAUAACAUCUUAGUGAAGGAACUUCACCUGGGAAUGGGAGGAUCCCCGGUGUCUUUCUCCAACCCCAUAUUGUGGCACCGUGGUCAGAACCUGGCUGCUCACAGUGAGCCCAGGAGGUCGGGCCGUGGUGGCGUUUACCAAACCUUCUUCAACUGGUUCAGUGACCACAGCAGCCCCGGCAGAGACGAUAUAGCACAGAUUCUGAAGGACGACCUUUUCAGAAAUCCUCUUCGAUACUAUCUGACCCCGCUCUGGGAACCCCGGGAGAAUGGCAGUACCGGUGGGCCCAAGGCAGCCGACAACAGCAACGGGGAUGAUUGUGUGGUGAUAUCCGACUCGGAUGAGGAAGAGCCGGCUAAGCCUGGACAAGCUCUUGGAAGGGGGGAGGAGGAGGAGGAUGAGGAGGAACAGCAUCAGGGUCGAGAUGCCGAAUCAGAUGAAAGCCCAGAGGAGGAGGAUAUUGAAGAGGAGGUGAUAGACGGGGGAAUUAAGAUGAAGACUUUGACCCUUUGCAGAAGACCGUUAUAUGCCUACUCCAACUAGGCUUUUAACAUACCAGUCAAAAUUUGGACACACCUACUUAUUCUAGGGUUUUUCUGUAUUUGUAUUAUUUUCCACAUUGUAGAAUAAUAUGGAACACAUCAAAACAAAAUAACACAUGAAAUUAAGUAGUAACCAAGGAAGUGUUAAAUACAUAUAUAUAUUGUUCAAAGUAGCCACACUGCCUUGAUGACAGCUUUCCACACUCAUAGCAUUCUCUCAACCAGCUUCAUGAGGUAGUCACCUGGAAUUAAUUUCAAACAGUCUUGAAGGAGUUCUCACAUGCUAAGCAUUUGAUGCUGCUUUUACUUCGCUCUGCAGUCCAACUCAUCCCAAACCAUCUUAAUUGGAUUGGGGUCUGGUGAUUGUGGAGAAACGGUCAUCUGAUGCAGCACCAUCACUCUCCUUCUUGGUAAAAUACCCUUACACAGCCUGGAGGAGGGUGUUUUGGAUCACUUUCCUGUUGAAAAGUGGAAAGUAUACUUCUUGAGUUGACUAUAUCUUGACAAAUGAUAGCCAAUACUUCUUGAGUUGACUAUAUCUUGACAAAUGAUAGCCAAUACUUCUUGAGUUGACUAUAUCUUGACAAAUGAUAGCCAAUACUUCUUGAGUUGACUAUAUCUUGACAAAUGAUAGCCAAUACUUCUUGAGUCGACUAUAUCUAGAUAUAGUCCCCCUAAGUGGAAAUCAAAUGGGAUGGCGUAUCGGUACAGAAUGAUGUGGGAGACAGUGUCACCAGCAAAGCACCACCACACCUCCAUGCUUCACCGCGGGAACCCCACAUGCAACGAUCAUCUGUUCACCCACUUUGCGUCUCACAAAGUCACAGUGGUUGAAACCAAAAGUCUCAAAUUUGGACUCAUCAAACCGAUAAGAGCCAGCUUUCCACCAGGCUAAUGUCGAUUCCUCAUGUUUCUUGGCCCAAGUAAGUUGUUCCUUGUAGUUUUUCUUCAAUAGGGUUUUCUUUGCUGCAAUUGGACCAUCAAGGCCUGAAUCAUUUAGAAUCCUAUGAACAGUUGAUGUUGAGAUGUCUGCAGUUAAUUGCUGCUUUCUGAAUCUGGUAACUAAUGAACUCUGUAGCAAAGGUAACUUUGGGUCUUCCUUUCCUGAGGCCGUACUCAUGAGAGGCGGUUUCGUCGGUGCUUGAUGGUUUUUGCAAAUGCGCUUGAAGAAGGUUUGAAAGUUCUUAAAAUGUUCCAUAUUAACUGACCUCAUGUCUUUAAGUAAUGAUGGAUGAUGUUUUUUCUUAGCUUAUUUGAGCUGUUCUUGUCAUAAUAUGGACAGUAGCGACAUAAUGGUCUUCUGUAUACCAAGCUUACCUAAUCCUAAUACAGCUGUUUGGCUCAAACGCAUUAAGAAGGAAAGACAUUUUACAGACAUUUUACAGACACACCUGUUAAUUGAAAUGUAUUCCUUCAUGAAGCUGGUUGAGAGAAUGCGAAGUGUAUAAAUACCUGUCAUCAAUGCCACGGGUGGCUACUUUGCAGAAUCUGCAAAAGGAAAUGUAUUUUAAUCUGUUUAACACUUUUGGUUGCUAUAUGAUUCUGAAUGUGUUUUUCUUAUUUUAGAUGUCUUCACUAUUAUUAUUAUUAUACAGUGUAAAAGAGAGUAAAAAUAAAGAAAUACUAUUGAAUGAGUAGAUGUGUCCAAACCUCUGACAGGUAUUGUAAGUGUUAAAAAAACCCAUGUUAAUCAUACUUAUAUGAAUGGGAACCCAUUCUAAAAGUUCUGCUCAUCUC